AUGUAUUCAAGGUUGCAUCGGUCGGCAAGAAGAUUUCAAGAAACAACGUGCCUGAGUGGAGAAGAGCUGGUCAAAGCAGAAGAGGCAUUAUGGCGUCAGGCCCAAGCGCAGGCGUAUCCCAGUGAGUUAGAAUGUUUGUUCAAGCGAAAAACACUAGCGAAAUCCAGUUCUCUACAUAAAUUGACACCAUUCUUGGAUGAAGCAUAUAUCUUAAGAGUCGGUGAUCGUAUAGGAGCGGCUCCGUUGGUUCCGUACUCACCCAGGUACCCAAUAAUUCUUCCGCAGAAGCACAGGAUUACCGUACUUAUAAUCGAUUACUACCAUCGGAAGUUCCUUCACGCAAAUGGAGAGACCAUUUGCAAUGAAAUUAGGCAGAAAUUCUUCGUACCAAGUCUGCGCACUCUUAUCCGGAAAAUAAGCCGAAAUUGCCAGAUGUGCAAGGUAAGAAAAGCGAUUCCUUCUCCACCAUUAAUGUCUUCGCUCCCCAAAAUUCGUCUGACUCCAUUCAUACGCCCAUUUACUUACGUGGGCGUUGAUUAUUUUGGUCCACUGGAGGUCAAAGUUGGUAGAAGCGUGGUCAAGAGAUGGGUGUGUCUGUUCACGUGUCUCACGAUACGUGCGAUCCAUCUGGAGGUCUGCCACAAUUUGUCUACUAUCUCUUGUGUGAUGGCUUUCAGGAGGUUCGUGGUGAGGCGUGGUGCGCCAUUAGAAGUUUAUAGCGACAACGGGACCAAUUUUGUGGGGGCCAAUCGUCUGUUGUCAGAGGAGAGUAAAUGUGUCCAACAGAUCAACAAAGACUGUGCUUCGACGUUUACGAACGCUUACACCAAAUGGUAUUUCAACGUUCCAGUCGCUCCACACAUGGGAGGACCAUGGGAACGUAUGGUUAGAUCGGUGAAAGUAGCUAUGAGGGCCAUUACGGACUGUUCUCGUCAUCCAAGCGACGAAGUCUCCAGUGGAAUCAAGCAGCCUGUGACGGCUCCGGUAGACGGCAUGAGUGCCCUGCGAGACAGUUGGAAAUUGGCUCAGCAUAUGGUAGAUGGAUUUUGGCGCAGGUGGGUUCGCGAAUAUCUGCCGAUGCUAACACGACGAACGAAAUGGUUCGAGGAAGUGAAACCACUGAAACCAGGAGAUGUGGUAAUCGUGAUGGAUGAUGACCAGAGGAACCGUUGGGAGAGAGGACGUGUCUUAGAAACCUUUCCGGGCAAGGAUGGCCAAGUAAGACGGGUGAAGGUGCAGACUGCAAGAGGUGUGUUCUCCAGACCCGCCGUAAAGCUGGCCGUUCUGGAUGUUAUUGGGUCGACAAGCGCUACGGGAAAAUCAUCGGAAACGGAAGUGGCUCACGGGUCGGGGGAUGUUGCGGUGAAGACUGGGCACACUGUAACGGAGUGA